UGUAAACGGUGUGGCAAUAGUAGACUAAAUACGUACCGAGUAGCAAAUUUACAUAGUGAAAAAAAAAUUCGGCCAGAUUUGUGCAAAAAAUCGGGUACAAAAUUUCCUGAAAAAAAAAAUCUGGACAAUUUAUAACACUUUAAACUUUAAACAAAUUCAUAUACAUAUUUUUUCCUUCCAUAUCGAUUAAUAAUACUCAAUUUUAUUUAAACAAGACACUUUCAUACGAAAAUAAUUCCUUCGCAAUUAAAUAUUUACAUAAAUUAAUUCGUCGAUUAAAAUUUAAAUUAAUUCUUUACAUAAUUCGCACAUUCAUACCUACGCCAAAAUGCUCUUAAUGCGGCCAAAGUUAAAAAUGCGGUUGGCCAGAUUAUUCUGGGAAGCAUACUUGUGUUUAAUAGGUGUCAUCGUCAUUCCCGUCGUUCUCAUUAUGGUCGUCCUCAUUUUUACGCCGACCUUGAUCUGGCGACCGAUUGCGAAAAUUCUCCGUCCAAUCUUCCGCCCCGACCUGGCCGGCAUGCUGUCCUGCAUGAGCAGCGUUUUUGCACAAGUUGACAACGAAGUUUGUCCCGUUAAAGCUAUGAACGUCUUGGAAAUCACGGUUAAAGGACAUCUCGACCUGGACGAAUUUAUCAAGCACAUUCACAAGACCUGGAUUUCUUGUCGGGAUGACCAUACCCAAAAUUUCCGUUAUCCCGAACUCCAACAAUACCCGGUAAACUGGGCAGGCUACAAAUUUUGGAAGUGGGAGGAGAACUUCAGUCUACAAAACCAUAUCCGUUUGGCCACCUGUGGGGGCGAUUUGACCCAGAUGGGGUUGGAUUUAUUGUGCGGGUCAUUUCCAGAGGGGACGUCCCCUUGGGAUUUAACAAUCGUUCCAGGCCCCAUUUUGCAGGGGGAGGAAGCAGUCACCACGAUAUUUAUGCGAAUGCACCACCUCCUCGGAGACGGGUUUAUGGUUCAUUUCCUGCUCCAACGCAUGUGGGGAGAUGAGAAUCCGAUGCCACUCUUCUGUCCGGCCGUGAAGGGGGAAAAGUCGUUCUGGAAUAAUGCUAAGGCAUCUAUCGUGUUCCCAUUCAAGGCUGCCCUCCUUUUUGGCGAGUUGGCGCACUCGGCGGCGAAACAGUGGAGAUGGAAAGUCCUCGAGCGUCAGAAAGGUCUCACGUGGUCGCUCGCACGUGGUCAGUCAAUCUCCACCCGGACAAUUUUCCGGAUAAAAAAACAUUUUCAAGUGAGCUUCUCUGCUGUCCUGUACUCCCUCGUGGCAGGAGGAUUAAGACGUUUUAUGGACUCCGAGUUGAAGAAAGGUAUGAAAAUUCCUGACGUUAUUCAAACCGUGACGCCUGUUCUACCCGGGGGAAAACAUCCCGACCGAAUGGGUAACCAGUUUUCCUUCGGCCUAACUUCCUACCCUACCGAAAUUUCCGACCCGGUUGAACGGUUGUACGAAAUGCAUAACAAUUUCGAAACCUUACGACAUUCUGCCGCGUCCGUAAUUGGGCAUUAUGGCUUCGCCCUUCUCGGUAGCCACGUAAACUGGGUGGCACCCCUGAUAACCUGGUAUCCAUUCGGGUCCCUGACAACGAGCUACUUCCCGUUCGGGUUUUCUCCGGAGUGGAACAUUCUCGGAAGGACCGUGUCAAACGCCACCUUCUACAUGAAGCUCCAACAAGGUCAACAAGGUGGAAUGAUGUCUAUUUCGUCUUUCGGUGACCAUGUCAACAUAAACCCGCUCUUUAAUUCGAACCUUUUAUCGAGCGAGGAGGCGGACAAAUUGACACGCUGUAUUGUGGAGGAAGUCGGAAUUUUGGAGGCAUUAAAUCCUGACCUUCGUGUUAUUAGUUGUUAAUGUGGAUUAUGUAAAUAUAACUUAAAAUUUAAAAAUUCCAGUAAUGGUUCUCAACAUGUGAUAGACAAACAUUAAUGAAUAAUAAAAUGGAUUAGAUAAUUUCUACAUUUAA